CGUAAACCUCACAAACAUGUAACUCUAGUCAGAGGCCUAACCCAGGUGUCCCCAGUGACACAUCCCAUUAACGCAGACCGACAGGGACAAAGGGCGCGACUGUUAUUCGACCAAUGCAAAGAGGCACGCACAGUGCACAUAAUCCAUCGCCCUUCCAGACAGGCCGCUGGGUAGCUGAGCCCCAGGAGAGAGCAGCGUGUAGCUUUUUCCUGGAGCAGUGCAGGGUCAGCAGCUGCCGAUGCCGCUGGAGUUGGCGAGCGGCAAAGGGUUACGGUCGUAAUUCUCUCCGGGCAGGUGGAGUUCAGCGGAGACGGAGGCCCUCCUGGGUGAACUCUGGAGAGGGGACCGAAGCGCGGCUGGCCCUCGGGAGCUCCGCGCAGCAGCCACGGCGGCCAGCGGAGGGCUUCCCCACGUCCCCCCUGGUGGACAUGUGAAUGAACGGGGUCGGGUUUCCGGAUCGCUUCACUCCAGGCAGACGGGGGAGAUUAACAGGGAUCGCCGCGGGAAGGUGGAAGCCGCUUCGCUGAGCCUUGUUACAGCAAGGAAGGUACAACAGAGCGCAGCGGACAGGAAGCCCAGGUCCAGAAACAAUGAGCAGAGCUAGUUUCUUUGAGGUGGAGAUACUGGACCCCAAAUCUAAGAGGCAGCUCUGCUUCCUGGACAAGGUGGAACCCCAUGCAACAAUCGGUGAAAUCAAGUGUCUAUUUCAUAAAUUCUACCCCCCCUGGUACCCAGCCAGACAGUCUCUCUGGAUUGACCCAAAGGGAAAACCACUGAAAGAUGAUGAAAUAUUACAAAAUCUACCUGUUGGGACCACUGCAACAAUGUACUUCAAAGAUCUGGGUCCACAGUUAGGGUGGACAAUGGUGUUUUUGGCAGAGUAUGUUGGCCCUCUCUUUAUUUACCUGCUGUUCUACUUCCGUGUCCCGUACAUCUAUCGACACAAGUAUGCCUUCACAUCCAGCCCGUAUCCGGUGGUCAAUAUGGCCUGUGUGUGCCAUUCAUUCCACUACGGCAAGAGGCUCAUUGAAACCAUAUUUGUGCACCGGUUUUCCCACGGCACCAUGCCACUGCGAACUAUCGCACGGAACUGUAUGUAUUACUGGGGAUUUGCUGCAUGGCUGGCAUAUUACAUUAAUCAUCCUCUUUACACGCCACCAACCUAUGGGGACAUGCAAGUAAACUAUGCACUGGCCACGUUUCUGGUCUGCGAAGUGGGUAACUUCUCAAUUCAUCUGGCCCUCAAUAACCUUAAAUCUGAGGCAGGGUCCAAGUCGAGAAAGAUCCCAUACCCAACCAAGAAUCCAUUCACAUGGCUCUUCUUCUUUGUGUCCUGUCCGAAUUAUACUUAUGAGAUAGGAGCCUGGCUGAGUUUCACGGUCAUGACGCAGUGUGUUCCAGUGGCCCUGUUCACAUUGGUGGGCUUCAUCCAGAUGACGAUCUGGGCAAAAGGGAAGCACAGCACCUACAACAGAGAGUUUAAGGACUACCCCCACUUCAGGAUGCCUAUCAUUCCCUUCUUUCUCUGAGGAGAGGCCAGGGAUCGUGUGGCGGUCAGUCAGUUGGGCUGGGGGAUAGCAGUGGAAGCUUUAGAAACCAGCUCGGUGCUUUGAGGGCUGAGAGCCGCAAUGGCUUCUCUGUAGCAUGGUGCAAGGCUUCUUCAUCACUAUUGCUAUGCACUCCAAGUGCUAAAGUAGUUGUGUCUGGAGGGAAGCAGGUAGGAGUCCUGCAGAUUGCACUCACCUUUAGUAACUGUAGGCAAUGAGUGAAUGUCCUACAGAUACUUUAACAGGCUUACCUUAUCCAAUUAGAUCUAAAGAUCUACAGAAGUCCUUUAGGAUAUGGAUUUGCAAUAAGAACUUAAAAGGUGACAAAUGAUGUAUUAAAGAUGUUUCUGUUAUUUAAGACUAUUGCUAAGUUGUGAUGGUUUUUGAGAAGAAAGAUGAUGCUUGUCAGAAUUUUGUAAGGUUUGUCUUACAAAAAGCUUACUUAAAUGUGCACAUCUUUCCUGAAUUUCAGAUCGUAAGGAAAAUAUGCAACUGUCAAAAGUUAUUUUAAAGCUAAAAUAUAUGCAAACAACAAAAAGGAAAACUAUCUCUUGAAGUGAAAGUAGGUUUUGGGUGUAAUCAAGAUACUCAAAUGAGCUGAACGUCUACCAUCAGACCUCUGUAAAGGGCUUUGUAUGGUUACAUUAGUGGACUGCACUGUGGGAUUAACUUUUCCUUAUAACAAUAAAACAGUUGUGUUUUAUAUUUAUAUAAAGAGGUGGCUUCUGAAUGUAUUCACUUUGUAAAUAAACAAAUGUAUGUUUAAAGCCUUUCAGAACCAUUCAGACAAGUGUUUUAGGAAGUUUUGUGAUUCUGUUGGGUAUGAAUAUACAGGCAAAAUAUGAACAGGGUAAUGAUUGUAGCAUCAACAUCAAGCUGUCAGAUAACAGCUGUAUUUUUCAUUCAGGUCUUAGAACAAUAAUAUAUAAUAUAGCAGAGAGCUGUACAAUGGUGAAGGAAUUCCUCUGAACAGGUAUUGAACACAAUAGUACAACUUUCUUUGAAUUAGAGUACUGUAAUAUCAAUAAUAAUUAUUUAAGAGCUACGUCAUUCUCAGGUGAAGCUUCAGUGAAGUUAUAUAGCCUUGCAACAUAACAUACUGUUACCAAAUGAUUUUUUUACCCAGAGUGUAAACUUUCCAAUAAACCAUUUGAAUAUGUGAAAACAUG